CCCUUGCGCACAUGCGCAGUGGGGCUGAGGCGAGGUCGCGGUGGAGCUGAGGCGGGGUUCGUGCAGGGCCAGGCUCCUCAGGACCCGGCUGGAAGGUGCGGCUCCUGACCGAGACACGUCGUGCUUUCCCGGUUAGGGAAGUGGCGGAGCCAGAGACCCCUCUGCAGCGCGGGGCUGAGCUCGCCACGCAGGCGCCCGCUCCCCCGCCGCCAUUGUUGCCCCGGGCCUCUCCGGCCGCUCGGGCUGCGCGUCCGCCCGGCCCCCGCGACAGGGUCUCUUAACCAUCCCUGCAAAUUCUGGGCUCAGAAUUUGUAACUAAGGCUGCUAACUCUACCCUGACCCUGUUCUGCCCUUGGCUGCAGCAGCCCUUGAUAUAAUGUCUUUGUGGUUCUAGCAUGAGACUUCAAGCAUUUGGCUCACUACUGGAGAUAUAAAGAAUAUUGCCAGAUUGACUCUCCCACCUGUAGCGAUGUUGGCCUCGUGCAAGAGGAUGACCAGUUCUUCACGCGCCCAAGUCCUUCUCAUGUGGAAGCCAGACAAGGCUCAGAAUGGACCCCACAACAUUGCAAAGGAAACCCUUGCUUCAAGAAUCUUGCGUGACACUGAGACCUGUCGACAGAAUUUUAGGAAUUUUCCAUAUCCAGACCUAGCUGGUCCUCGAAAGGCAUUGAAUCAGCUCCGAGAGCUCUGCCUUAAAUGGCUGAGACCUGAGAUUCACUCAAAGGAACAAAUCUUGGAGCUGCUGGUGCUGGAGCAGUUCCUGACCAUCUUGCCUGGGGAGGUUAGGACUUGGGUGAAGUCCCAGUAUCCAGAGAGCAGUGAGGAAGUGGUGACGCUGGUAGAGGAUUUGACUCAGAUUCUAGAAGAGGAAGCUGUUCCUCAGAACUCUGCCCUUCCCCAAGAGACCCCAGAGGAAGACUCCAAAGGAAGACCUGCUUUCCAGGCAGGGUGGUUAAAUGACUUGGUGACCAAAGAAUCAAUGACAUUCAAAGAUGUGGCUGUGGAUAUCACCCAGGAGGACUGGGAGAUAAUGCGUCCCGUACAGAAGGAAUUGUACAAGACUGUAACAUUACAGAACUACUGGAACAUGGUUUCUCUGGGACUUACGGUGUACCGACCAACUGUGAUUCCCUUACUGGAAGAACCAUGGAUGGUGAUAAAAGAGAUCUUAGAAGGCCCUAGUCCAGAAUGGAAAACAGAAGCCCAAGAGUGUACUCCAGUUACAAAUACUUCUACACUCGUAAAGACUGGAACUCAGACUGUCAAAUUGGAAGAACCAUAUGACUACGAUGAGAGACUUGAGAGGCACGCAUCAGAUACCUAUAGGAGAAUUCCCAUGAAUGAAAGAAAUUUUACUUUGAAGUCAGUCCUCUCAAAAGAAGAUGACCCUAUGGAAGAGUGUCUCAGUAAAUAUGAUAUCUAUCGAAAUACUUUUGAAAAGCAUUCAAACCUAAUUAUUCAGUUUGGUACCCAGUCAGAUAAUAAAACUAUAUAUGAUGAAGGCAGGGCAACCUUCAAUCAUGUUUCAUAUGGUAUUGUACACAGAAAGAUAUAUCCUGGAGAGAAGCCUUAUAAAUGUAAUGUGUGUGGGAAAAAGUUUAGGAAAAACCCAUCCUUUGUGAAACACCAAAGCACCCAUACCAAAGAAAAAUCUCAUGAAUGUGAAGAAUGUGGGAAAGAGUUUAGGCACAUCUCGUCCCUUAUUGCACAUCAGAGAAUGCAUACUGGAGAAAAACCAUACGAAUGCCACCAGUGUGGUAAAGCCUUCAGCCAGCGUGCCCACCUUACUAUACACCAGAGAAUUCACACUGGAGAGAAACCCUAUAAGUGUGAUGACUGUGGCAAAGACUUCAGUCAGCGCGCACACCUCACUAUACAUCAAAGGACACAUACUGGAGAGAAACCAUAUCGAUGCUUGGAAUGUGGUAAAACUUUCAGCCACAGUUCAUCGCUGAUUAAUCACCAGAGAGUUCAUACUGGUGAGAAACCUUACAUAUGCAACGAAUGUGGGAAGACUUUCAGUCAGAGUACACACCUUCUUCAACAUCAAAAAAUACAUACUGGAAAGAAACCAUAUAAAUGCAAUGAGUGUUGGAAAGUGUUUAGUCAAAGUACUUACCUCAUUCGACAUCAGAGAAUUCAUUCCGGAGAGAAGUGUUACAAAUGUAACGAAUGUGGAAAAGCCUUUGCUCAUUCCUCAACUCUUAUUCAACAUCAGACCACUCACACGGGAGAGAAAUCCUAUAUAUGUAAAAUAUGUGGAAAAGCCUUCAGCCAGAGCGCAAACCUUACUCAACACCACAGGACUCAUACCGGGGAGAAACCGUACAAAUGCAGUGUGUGUGGGAAAGCGUUCAGCCAGAGCGUCCACCUUACUCAGCAUCAAAGGAUCCACAAUGGAGAGAAACCCUUCAAAUGCAAUAUAUGCGGGAAAGCAUACAGGCAGGGUGCCAAUCUCACUCAGCAUCAAAGGAUUCACACCGGAGAGAAGCCGUAUAAGUGUAAUGAAUGUGGGAAAGCCUUUAUUUACUCCUCCUCACUUAAUCAACAUCAGAGAACUCAUACUGGAGAAAGGCCCUAUAAAUGCAAUGAAUGUGAUAAGGAUUUUAGCCAGAGAACAUGCCUUAUUCAACACCAGAGAAUUCACACAGGAGAGAAGCCCUAUGCAUGCCGUAUAUGUGGUAAAACCUUCACACAGAGUACAAAUCUCAUUCAGCACCAGCGUGUGCAUACAGGUGCCAAACACCAUAAUUAAUGGAUACAGGAGACUUCAAUUAGGUCUUACAGUUCAUUCAAAUUUUAUUUUGUACUUUGUUAAAACAUUAUUCAAAAGAAACCCAAAAGAAGUGCAAUAUGUGUUAGGUGUGGCUCAGCAGAAGUAUCAGAAUUAGUAAUGUGGAUAUAAGCUAUUUAAAUUGAAUGUGAAAUUUAAAAAGAAAACUUUAUUCACUUCUUCACCUUUACUUGAAAUCAGUUUAAUUCAUGCCAGAAAGAAACCCUGCAAAAGUAAGAGUACUCAAAAACCUGUAACUCAUCGACUCUUAGUGUAUUUCAAGUACUUCUUAAUGAGACUUUAUGAAUGUAACUGGGGAAAGCUUCCAUCAAGUAGGGAUUUCACACUAGUGAGUCAUGUUGGGAUAACUGAAAAAGCUGCUUUCAGGCCUUUAUUGCUUCCCAGCUUUGAAGCCUUAAAUAUGUAAAGGGUUCCCUUCCCUUUUCCUGUUAUGCCAUAACUGCCAUGUGGAGCCAGUAGGUUUGCAAAAUAUAUAUAGUGGAAAGC